AUGGGACCCUUCAAGAAGCUGCGCAAAACCGUUCACAAAAUAAUCGAUUCGAGAUCAAACUCGAAGCAAGUACAUCUCGUCUCCGAGGAACAACUUCACAGUGAAAUCCAGCAAGGGCGAUACGUUUUUCCAGCGGAGAGUGACCAUCACGAAGCAACAAUUCUUGGAUUUCCCUCUCGAACUUCUCUUCCUCCUGAAAAAUACGACGCAGUAUGUGUCGAGCUGGCCGAGCUAGCUGUUGCGAUUGCAGAGUUCGAGCCAGUUCGACUUUACGUGCGCCCUGGCGAUAAAUCGUUAUUGGAGACGUUGCUCAGCAACACUACCAAGGACAUCUCACGCGUGACCAUUAUCACUUGUCCGAUUAAUCACUGCUGGGUCCGCGACACGGGUCCACUCUACGUCCGUGACGCGACUGGAAGAUUUCCCGACCGACGCUUCGCCAUAGACUUUCGAUUUAACGAAUGGGGUGGCAAGAAACCCGAAACUAACGGUCUGUUCUGGGGUCAGCGAUGGCCACCAUUGGAUGAUAAGGACCUGCAAGAGAACACAGAUUUCGCCCGUUGGGUCAUCGAUCACGAUCAUGAGCCAUCGCCUGUGACAAGGAUUGAAUCACCGAUCCGAGCCGAGGGUGGUGCUUUUGUUACGGAUGGUGACGGCACACUUUUAAUGACAGAGAGCAGCAUAUUUUGCGACGUGCGAAACCCGGGCAUGUCAAAGGCUAGAAUCGAAAGUGAGCUGAAGCGGUUAUUGGGCGUCGAUAAGGUUAUCUGGUUUCCUGGUCGGCGUAACGCCGACAUUACGGACGUGCAUAUUGAUGCUGAGGCUCGCUUUAUUCGACCUGGCGUGGUUUUAUUCUCAAAACCUCAUGAUAUAGCUCCUGAUCUUUGGAAAGAGAUUUCCGCUGAGAUAUGGGAGGGUUUAAUUCACCAAAAAGAUGCUAAGGGUCGGUCCUUGGAGAUUUAUACUAUUCAAGAACCGGAUCCUCGGGGGCUAACUAAGACCGAUGAUGAGGAGUUGGCGGCUAGCUAUGUGAACUUUUAUUUUGUGAAUGGUGGGCUCAUUAUUCCUAAGUUUGGAGAUGAGGAGAGAGAUCAGCAAGCUUUGGAAAUAUUAUCAUCGCUAAUGCCCGAUCGAGUAAUCCGACAGGUGUAUGCGAAUGCGAUUCCUUUGAUGGGGGGAGUGUUACACUGCGUCACGCAGCAAGUUCCUACCUUGAAAUAA